AUGCCUCCACGACAAGUUUAUGGGCGUCGCCGGAAUGCUACCCAGUCGUUUUCGUGGUUUGCAAGAACGAGUCCCGCAAAGCCGACAUUGAAGACGACUGAAACCAACACGACCGACGAGGGGGCAGAGGACCUUGUUGAAAAGCUUGGACGGUUGGGAUUGGAUAAUCCGGUGGACUCUACAACCGAAGGUGGAAUAAACGUUGGGCGGAAACCCCUGAAGGCAAUCAACGGAAAUACAAAGCUCAAAGACGUCGAGAAACAUGCGCAGGACGAAAUCAAACCAACGGUGUCGAAGGUGCGAGAAGUCGAUACAAAGAAGGCCCUAGAGAUCCCGUCCACCUUGAACACUACCUCAGGGGAAUCGAGUGUGGACGUUGAAGAUGCCGAUUCGAACCGAUCUCGAUCUCAAUCUUUGCACUCGCGAUACCUUUGCAGCGACCCCGUUGCACGUCAAGGACCUACUGACUACGCAACGUAUGCGGAAACUUUGGAAAAGCAUUUCAACAUCGCGAAGAUUGCAGAGGCAUCGUACGGAGAAGUAUACCGGCUGGCGUUGAAAUCAUCCCUCCCGGGAUUUACCGCUGCCGAUGAGAGUGUGCUAAAGAUUCUACCCCUGAAACUGCCGCCGUACGAGGGAGAACCGUCCAAUAUUGAAAUCAUGAGCGACAUUGAAAAUGUCGCAUCCGAAGUCCGCCUGCUCCAGAGGAUGACUGACAUUCCCGGAUUCACGAACUUUCGGGAUAUUCGCGUCUUGCAAGGUCGACCCCCUGCCCCAAUUAUCAAAGCCUGGAAAGCGUUUAAUAAGGCACGGCCGAAGGGUCAAAAGUCGCUAUUCCCUGACCCGAGCCGCAAGACCAGUUACUGGGAGAACCAACUGUGGGCAGUCAUCGAAAUGCAAGAUGCUGGAACGGACCUUGAGCAUGCCAAACUGGAUGAUAUUUGGUCCGUUUGGGAUGUAUUCUGGGGCGCCACGCUUACUCUCGCCAAAGGUGAGGAAGCUGCCAGAUUUGAGCAUCGCGACUUUCACCUAGGCAAUAUCUGUGUCCUACCCACAUGCCAAAGUGUGGAUGACGCCUCUCAACGAAUACGGUUGCGGAAUCAAAAACUCGGCUUCACAGCCUUACGUGUCACAGUCAUCGACUACACAUUGUCCCGGGCGGAAUUGUCAGACCCACAAGAUCUAGACGAGGAGCCACGCGUGGCAUAUCUGGAUCUCGACAAAGACUCUUACCUGUUUGAGGCGGACAGCACCGAAGAGUAUCAAUAUGAGAUAUACCGAUACAUGCGCGGUGCAGUGUUCCUUGACGACCCGUUGGCGAAUUUCAAGAAGAGAAGAAGGGACGCAAUGCGGUCAGGCCGGACGUGGCGUGGAUAUCAUCCACAGUCAAAUAUUGUGUGGCUGCAUUUUAUUUUGCAUGAGCUGCUGAGACAUUUGGAGACUAUUGCUGCUACAGAAGACAUCGCAUCAUCGCAGUUCGACACGGAUAACAUGGUUGAAAUCCAACAAAGUCGUUAUUCUCUUUCACAGUCAUUGGAAAAAGUCUCUAAUCUUUUGCAUCCACGAAAUUUUAGGAAGAGCGGCUUACAUUCAGCUGGGGACCUUGUUUCGCUUGCGCUUGCUGAGGAAUGGCUGGAAGAAGCAGAUGUUAUCAAUGGAGUGGCAAUCUAG